GGAUGGACACAUAGGAUAACAUGCCGGGGAUGGACACACAUAGGAUAACAUGCCGGGGAUGGACACAUAGGAUAACAUGCCGGGGAUGGACACAUAGGAUAACAUGCGGGGAUGGACACACAGGAUAACAUGCCGGGGAUGGACACAUAGGAUAACAGGCUGGGGAUGGACACAUAGGAUAACAUGCCGGGGAUGGACACACAGGAUAACAUGCCGGGGAUGGACACAUAGGAUAACAUGCCGGGGAUGGACACAUAGGAUAACAUGCCGGGGAUGGACACAUAGGAUAACAUGCCGGGGAUGGACACAUAGGAUAACAUGCCGGGGA